AUUUGAUUCAUUCCGUUUAUGAUGCGCUGUAUAAAGCGUAAAAACUAAACUGAUUAUUCAGUUGAAACACAUAACGUACGUGUCAACAUUUUAGCAAACUUUGUCUCAGUCAUUGUUCAACAGGCCAUCCGUAAACAUCAUUGUGUUGCUUUAAAUCGAUGACAUCAACCGGCUACGACACAGCGGUGACUCAUUGAAUCGCAAUAAGCACAGUGUUGCGUUUGAAUUUCACAACAUUGUUUAAGCCGAAUGACAAUUUCAUCACACGAUAUCGGGCAUUUUGCAUUAAAUUAAACAGAUCAAAUCGAUGAUCUGGAAUAAAAACGGGAUGGAUUCGGAAUCGGAAAAUCAUGUAUCUGAGUUGCUGAAAUUUUCGAAUGAGAUUCUGCUCGAAAUUUUUACAAAUUUCAACGAUAUUGAUUUGUUGAAUACGGCACGAGUCUGUAGGCGUUUCGAAGCAAUUGCAAAAGAAACAUUCGCAGAUAAAUAUAAUGGCGAUUCAGAAGAGAAAUACUACGACAUCAAAGUGUGCACGAAAGACAUAGUGGAUGAUCAAAAGCUGUAUCGCACAUUUUUGAAAACGUUCGGCAAUGAAAUUGCAGCGAUAAAUAUCACAUCCCAACGUGGACCAAACAAGUAUAACUUGCUGAAGCUGAUCGGUGAACAUUGUCGCUCAGCUAAACACAUCACCGUUUCUACGUUCGACAGUGAAUUCAAUCUCACACAAAUGAUUCAAUCGAUGACACAGCUGACCAGUCUCAGUGUAAAAGGUAUUAAAAGCACAAAUUUAUCCUGGGCCAAUAUUCGAUUCCCACGCCUCACUACCUUUGCCAUAGAUGAUAUCCCUGAUAUAGAUGUUGAAGUGUUAAAACAGUUCCUCUACAUAAACCCACAGUUGGAACGUUUGCGCAUAAAUUAUUGCACAAAAUUUCCAUUGAAAGUGAUUCAAGCGCUCAGAGACAAAAUGAAAAGACUAAAAUCCCUUGAAUAUACGUCCUGUUACAAUUUGUUCGGAGAUACUUGCCGUGACAUUAACAUGGAGCAAUUGGAAACGUUGAAAAUUGCCGUUGAUGCGACAUCAUUUCGAUCGGUGCUGGUAGCUACUACAAAAGGGAGUAAAAAGAUUCAAAGUUUAGAGGUGUUGAUGCGUGACGAUGACGUUAACACCGAAGGAAUACAUCAACAAAUGGAUGAGGUUAUUCCGUUGUUUGAGAAACUCACGACGCUGCGACUAGUUAAGUUUGAUUUGACUGUUGAUGUGACUCGUUACCUGAUUCGAUUUUUACCACAUUUGGUUACAUUGAAAUUGGAUGGUAUAAGACUGUCCGAUUUCCAUUCGUACGAUAUUCUGUUUAUAUUCAAAAAGUGCAAACACAUGAAAGAGUUAUCGAUGGAAAGUGACUCGCAUAGCAUCAAAACCGAGGAGUUUAAUUUGGGAUUCCAUCGUGAAUUCAUCGAGAUCACCCGAAACCGUGGUAGUGGCGUAAAAUUUGAGGUCAUUCAACCUGAAACUAAGAUGACAAUAACCGCUGAAAAAAUCAUCAACAACGACCAAUUGAUCUAUUGGAAUGUAGGAACGGAGUGUGAAGCACCGAAUUCCUGUUCAAAUGUGCAUUUCCUGGACCUCAAUGAUAAAUGUUUGAGUCGAAUAUACUCCUACUUGGAUGAACAAAGUGAACGUGCCCUGUACGAAACUUGUACCCGAACAAAAGAAGCGAUGCACGAACGGAUUACGAAGCAAGUUUUUACUGUUGUCGAUUUGAACAGCGCAAGAGAUACGUUCAAACGGUUCGGUGACCACAUAACAAAACUGGCAAUCGAUAUAAGUAAAAAGAAUGGUGCACAAACAGCAGCUGUUUGGACUUUCAUUGGCACUGAAUUCGCUGAGAAAAUAACGGAAUUGUCUUUGGUCAAUGUCAAGGUGAGCGCUGUGGAUUCAUUCAAGGUCAAAUUUCCAAAUGUGACUACGCUAAAAAUAAUGUCAGUGGUGACGAGCCGUACACACAUCUUUCCACCAAUGGAUUGUCCGAAACUAUCACGUCUCGAAUUUCACAAAGAUGAAAUCACGUUCGCAACAAAAGCAUCGAAUUUUGGAGUGUCUCUUGACCACCUGACAACCAUUAAACUCGUCGCUGCCAGUAAAGUUAUAAGGAAAAUUCUUCAUUUACUCGAUGAUCGAAUUUGUGAUCAGAUUCAAGAGUUUAGUGUUGAUCCACAGCAACACAUUCCAGAAGACAAUCCAUAUAAACUAUUUUCAAAUGUGGCUAUGCGAUUCAGAAAUCUGACCACACUUAACUUUUGUGUUCCCGAUAUCGAAGAAACAAAUACCAAAUAUUUGUUUGAAUCCUGUACAAAAAUUGUUAAACUGACAAUGGGAUGUAGCUACUAUGAUAUAAAUAAUAAUAAUUGGCGUCGAACCAUAAAGAAUAUCAAAGAAAACUGCAAACAUUUGGAAGUGAUUCAAAUGAUUUCCAAUUAUUUCCAAUUUGAUAACGAACUUUUGAGUGAGAUCGCCGAAGCGUUUCCCAAAGCUCAAUUUAAUAUCGUUGUCUAUAAUUGUGAUAAUAAUACAUAUAGAGUGGAAGCUUACAAAAAACUCACAAAAGAUGAUCGAAUUAAACCAUUCUGAGUCAACCUCUAUAAAAUAAAAAUAUUUAUAAUUAACAAAAAAACGAAACAAGCUGAAAGCGAUUAAAUAAGAAAAAAAAACGAUUCUUCACCGUUGAAAUAUUUUUAUACAUAUUUUUACACAGUAUUUACUCCUUGAUACAUUGUUUUGACUUAUUGAAUAAUAAUCAAAUCAAUCGUUAAUAUUUUUUCCUAAAAAUUGAUUGCGUUUUCAUUCGACAUUCAAUGUCACAUUCAAAUAAAAAAUAAACCGACUAUUUAGUUGAAACACAUAACGAAUUUGAUCACAAACUUUUGACGAGAUCGCCAAUACGUUUUCCAGCGUUCAAUUUAAUAUUGUUGAUUAUGAUAAUUACUAGUAUAGUGAUACAUAUAAAGUGGAAGCUUACAAAAGACUCACAAAAGACGAUCGAAUUAAACCAUUCUAAAUCGAAGAUCUAAUCUUUAUAAAAGAAUUCAGGUACAAAUUCAAAGAAGUAUUUAUAAUAAAAAAAACGAAACAAAUCGAAACUGAUUAAAACAGUUGUCUCAUCGUUGACAUAUCUUUAUACCUAUUUAAUACACAGUAUUUAUUCCUAGAUACAUUUAAUAAUAAAAUCUUUUUUUAAUAUUUUUCUAAA